AAUCUCUGAAGAACAGCAACAUAGCAGGAUCCUUUCCACACAACGGCCACACCCGAAGAAAAAACAUAUCUUUAUUUUGUCAGACGGCAAUAGAGGCAUAAAGAUGAUCGGGAAGAUUCUUUCUCAUCUGCUUGGGAAUGCCAGCGACGACUUUGAGGUGGCAGAAGAUACUUUUGAGGAGCUGAUGGAGUUCGAGGAGGGAGAAUGGGUCAUUGUUAAUCUCCCAGAGAACGGGCCACUGUCGGCCCCUGAGGUGGACCCCCUUGAGAACCUGCUGAUCGAGCACCCCAGUAUGUCUGUCUACCAGAUCAGACGCAGAAUGAGUGGAGAAGAGGAAGGGGAGGAGGAGGAGGAGGAGGGCUCUGAUGAAGAUGAAGAGGACUCCUCCAGGCCAGUGGCAGUGCGGCGACACAUCUCCUGGCGCCUGGCUGCCUGGGGAAUCCCUCUGCCCUGCAACAUCCAGCUGCUGGCUGUCCAGAGGGCAAAGACCCAGGCUGAGCGUAAGAAGCUGAGCCGCAGCGCCCUCCACAGGCAGAACCUGGCUAAGAUGCGAUUCUCCCCGGCAGAGAGACGCUACGGCCACUUCAAGCAGCCCUGCCAGCGCCUUUACAACUACUGAGCAGGAGUGAUGAACCUGCUAGUGAGGGUGCUUGUCAGGUUGCAUCCACCACAGCUCAGUGUGCAGCACAGUGCCUUGACUCUGAAUCACUCAGGUUUUCCAACAUUUUUUCACCUCACACACGUAAUUCUGCAAAUGAGCAAACAUCAGCCAAAUGAACCAUAGCAACACAUGCUUUCAUUAGGAUACAGGCAACCUGCACUGCAACCCUCACGUGUGAAACCACUGAUCUCCUGACAUGAUGAAUGACAACGUGGCCCCUCAGGUUGGAAAGCACAGUUACUAUCAAAUAAAGCCUUUGUACAUAUAUCAAAUGAGAGCAGUUGAGUUGUUUGACUUGUUUAGCCUGAUUAGAUAUAAGUAGGGGUAGGGCUUAUAGAAAGUUGCAAGUGUGUGAAAGAUAUUGUAAAGGUGUUGUUACCGUUACAGUGUGUGACACUGAUCCAAAUUUGAGAACUAGAAAACGUCAUACCUGUAGAAUACUUUGUUCUAAAUGAUGAUGCAGUUGGCACAUUUUGAUUGAUUAUUCCUUGUGUUCAGUAUGUGAUAUAUGACGUGCCUUAGCUUUAGAUGUUCUUGUGAGAAGUGUAUUGCAAGUUAAAAGCUGAUUUCAUAUCAUGUUGACCUGUACAGUACUCAUGCCUUGUGAAAACAUAACCAUACUCUGUGAAUUUCAUAAGAAAAAAUGUUGCUUCAAAUGCACAGGGAAUGAUUACGAAACCACUGUUCAUGUUUUGUAUUGAGACUACUUUUCAGUGGAUACUCACUUUUUUUUUUAUGUUACACAAAUUGUUCAUGUUAGACUCAUGAGUGUAAAUACAGUUGAUGAAUAUGUUUUUUUCUAUUUGUUUGUAUUUAUAAAAUGUACAAAAAAAUUGCAAAUAAAUCUUGUUUUCUUAA